AUGUUACCAGAAGUUAACACAGGAUUUGAUUCUUCAUCUUGCAUGAAUAUUACACUUGUAUGGCUUGGUGGUAAUCAACAAAAUGUACAACUACGUGAAUCAUUAGAAGAUAUUUUUGAUCAUAUUUUAUACUGUGAUUCAGUAGCUGCUACUCUUGAAGUAUUAUUUGAACAUGUUCGAUAUUGGCAACAAUUGGAUUGGGUUGAUAACAGAAUUUUUAAUCGAAAUAGUGAAGAAACUGAUACGAGUGACGUGCAAGAACCUGCUUACGAUGGUCCAAUGCCAGAUUUUGAAAAAUACAGCAAUGAAUUCCAGGAGAAAUGGGAUAUGCUAAAAUUCUGUCGUAUUAUUUAUCGGGACAAUGCUGCUCAACUUCAAAGUACUACAUUUCGAAUCAAUUUUGUUAAAUUUGACGAUGACAAUCAACUAUGGUUUAUUUCCUGUGAAGCUACUGAUGAUAUUGCUACAAUAUCAUGGAACAGACGAUCAAUAACAUUGAACAACGCUCGAGUGGAACUUGAUCUAGAAGAUCCUGAUUUCAAUGUUGCUUAUCUUAAUUUAAAUCCAGAAUCUUCUGAUGAUUGUGAUAAAGCGAUCAAAUUUUUUGAAAAUGUCCUUACACGAACAGAUGAAAAUAAUAUUACAAAACGUUUUCAUAUCUAUACAUUUCUUAUGCGAAUGUGUCGUUGUAACAAACGCCAUGAAUUAGCUGUUUGUUAUGCUAACAAAGCUCGUCUAUGUUAUGAAAAUCGACAAUUUCAGCCAUUGCCCGAAUGGCUUCCAACAUUCGAUGAAUUGAAAGCAAUUGCUCAAAUCUCUCGAGAAAAAAUGAAUCCUGAGAAAAUGGUCGAUUAUUUAUGUCAUGUUUUUAAUAAUAAAGAAGAACCAUUAGGACUUAUUUUGGAACAAAUCAUCGCCAUGCUUUUUUUUACUAAAUUUGAUUUACAAACUAGUAUCAUUUAUUUAAAUGAAUUUUUACAACGUCAAAAAUCCAUGUAUCCAAAAAGAAAAGGAACCAUUCAACUUUACUGUCCAAUCGAUUAUAGAACAGAUUCUGACGGCGAUGAUGAUGAUAUUAAAAUAAAUAGCAAAAAAUAUAAUACAUUCAUUGAAUGGCAUAUGACAGGUAUUAUGGCUAUGCAUGAUAAUGAUUUUAUUAUGGCAUUAGAAAAACAUUUUAAACGAGCAAUAACGGAAAUAAAGGCAACAAAAAGAAGCAAACGAAAUAUGUUUCUUUUUGCUACAACGUACUCAGCUAUUAGUGAAUGCGCAAUUCAUACUGAAGAUAUGACGACAUCUAAAAAAAUGCUUCGUAAAGCUCGACAUUAUUUAAGAAAAGCAAAUAUACAACAAUCAUCGUUUGAUGUUCUUCUUGAAGCUUUCGUAUACAUUCGAUCAGGUGCUUUAUGUUAUCGUGAACGAAAUUAUCAUCAAGCAAUCGAAUAUUUUCAGCAGGCUAUUAACGUACUUGAGAAAAAAGUUCUAAACAAACUUCAACAACGAUUAAAAGAUUCAGUAACCUUUACACGUACAAUAGAAAAAGAAGGACAUCCAAUAAAAACAAUAACCAUAAUGACUAUGUCUGAUCUUUGGGAAAUAGUCAUGGAAUUCACAAAACAAGGUUCUCCUUGUUGUCAAGGUCAACCUGUUAAUAAUGAUGGAAUUGGUUGGUAUUUUCAUUACUAUGAAGAAAAAGAUACCGCUGUUCGACAAGCAGUAUUUGAUGUUCUCAACAAUCAUCGCAUAUUUUUAGAAAUUAUUGCAAUACUCUACAAUGAUUUAGCUUGGUGUUAUCUUUUUACUGGUAGACCUCUAUUAGCCAUUCCAUAUAUAUAUAAAAUUGAUUAUAUUUAUAAGACGGGUUUGAACAGUAUUUACUAUUUAGCAUAUAAUAAUACAUUGAUCUGUUUGUCAAUGGUUCAUCUAGCUUUAAAUAAUUUUGACAAUGCAAUUAAAACUUUAAAUAUGGCAAUAACUUUAUUUAAAUUUUACUCAUUUUUUGAUCAACAUCGUUGGCUAGCAUUAUUAUACGUUGAACUGGGUGAUGUUUAUACAUUAGCCAAUAAUAGUGAUCAACUUGCUUUAGAAUCAUAUACAAAAGCAAUGAAUAUGUUAAGUGAGAUGAAUGAUGAAGAAAAUGCAACUGAUAUUCGUAAUUAUAUAGAACAAAAAGAAACAUCAAGAAAGUUUGUUUGUGCUACAAGUUAUGAAUUUAGAAAAUGGCUUUCAAAAAAUAAAACACGCAUUGUUACCGAGAACAAUAAAACAAACGUUGAAUCUGAAGGCGAACAAGUGGAAACUUCUAUUCAAGUUAAAUAUCAACGUCUUUAA